CUGUGCUCAGUGCUGUGCUCAGCACUCCACUCUCGCGGAAGUGUUUGCUCUUGUGGCGGAGCACCGCUGCGUUUUUGCGCCGGUGGACGUGCACUAUCGCAGCGAUGGAUGCCCACAACUGUCCGUCGGUGCAGAAUUGCCGCGGCUCAAAAAACGCGCGAGGCGGCGCAAAACCCGCACAAAGCCCCAGCUCCUCCGCCUCCGGCGCGCGCGCAGGGCCUCUCCGGACGUAUCCGCGGCGGCGCCAAAGCCGGGCCCUUUUCAGACCCGAGCCGCUACGCGGCUGGAUUAGGCCCGGCUUCCUGUAAUCCAGCCCCGCAUUGUCGGCCCCGAGCGCGGCGCGGGCUGCCCCGAGCGCGGCAAGGGUCCCCCCCGGUCGGCGACAGCCGCCCCCGGGAGCGCCACAGUCGACAAGGGCGCCGGCAAAAAAAAGAGGCCGAACACCAUGGACAGCAUCCUCCGGGCCUCGAACCUCAUCGACGUCGAGGAGCUCCUCGAGCCCCGCCCGCCGCCGCCCCCGGCGCUGGAGGCGCCGACGCGGGAGGUGGGCAAGGGCGCGACGCCCGCGGACCUGGAGACGGUCGCAGCUCUGGCGGCGGGCGACGUCGUCAGCUUGGGCGCGGUCCACGCGCUGCUGCGCGGGCUGGCGAACCGGGGCCCGCACGCGAGCUUCCCGGACGGGCUGCCCGUGCAGUCGUCGGCGUCGCCGUUCGGGCGCUUCGCGGGCGAGCACCACGCGUAUUUUGUCUGCAGAGGGCGUUCUGAUUUGCUCAACACGUCGCAGCAGAACGCGACGAUCAGCGUGGCCUUCCAGUCGCCGCUGAACGGCGAGGUGUGGUGGGACGCCGAGGACAACCGGCGGGGCGUCGUCUCGCGGCCCAUGGCUCGAAGAUUCCGGUCGGGCGAGGCCGCGGGGCGAGUCCAUGGCUACCGCGGCCGGCAGUUCACGCUGAUUCGGCGGGGCGCGGGCGGCCUGCCGACGGCGGACAAGACCGUGGACGUGGCCCUCGUGCAGGUCUGGCGCGACCACGAGGCCAUAUUGGGGGACGACGGCCCGCCCCCGGCCUCGUCCUUCGCGAACAAGGGCCCGGACACGCGCUUCUCGCAGAAGCGCAAGAACGAGGCCAUCCACCCGUCGCGGCCGCACCCGCUCGCGUGGGACCGCCCGGCCCACGACGCCUGCUUCGGCGGGCCCUGGCGCCGCCAGGCGGACGUGCCCGGCGACCUGGUCGUCGUCCGCGAGGUCGUGCGCUUCGCGCGCGACGUGCCGCGCGGCGGCACGGUGCAGCGCGCGGUGCUGCCGCCGCGGGCCUACGAGGCCUGGCUCGACUGGCACCGGCGCCUCGUCGACGGCGCGGCGCCGGGCCCGCCGCCGCCGCUGCCCUCGGACUCGGGCCAGUUCCACAUCUGAGCGCGCUCCCCCCGCUGCCCCCUCUGCUGCCCCCCGACUGACCUGAUCGAACGCCUAACGACGCGUAUCUCCUUGGACUCCCCUAGGCCUGGUGUUAACAUGGUCUUAGCCUG